AGAAAAGAAAGAGAAGGGGUAAAACUAAUAUAAAAAAUUUUAAUUGUAAAAAUUGUUUUUAUACCAUUUGAUGGCAGAGGAUAUAAAUUACGCACAAUGUAAGUAAAUUAUAUACUUAGACCACAAAACACUCAUAGUAAAUUGUGGAGGGAGGAGGAGGAGGAGGAGCAGUGAGUGAAUGAUAGUUUAAAAAAAGAUCAUAAGUUGUCAAAACAGUAAGAAUAUAGAUAACGUUUAAAUCUUAAUUCAAGAUUCAAUUAAUCAAAGAAUAGUAGUCUAAAUGUCGAAGCCAACAGAAGGAUUGAAAGUGAUUUCAGCUGAACCAAUUGAGAAUAUUGAUGAAUUAACUACCAGUAAAUCAGAAACCACCGCCACCAACACCACCAUUACUGCUGCAGAUGCAACUGAAGAAGUACCACUUGAUGAAGUACCAAUCACCAAAGAAGAAGAAGUGAAAGAAGAAUCUAAAAAGAUAUCAUCAUCAUCAAAAGUUGAAGAACCUACUGAAUCAGCAGCUCCACCACAACCUCCUAGACCAGUUGAUCCAAUCACUCAAAUCACCAAUGAAUUAAAAGAUGCGUUCCCAAAUAUUGAAGAUAAAUUCAUUACUGCAGUAUUAAUUGCAUCUCAAGGUCAAUUAGAUCCUGCUUUUAAUGCAUUAUUAUAUAUUUCAGAUCCAAGUUUCAAACCUGAAAUUCCAAUUCCUCAAACUCAUACGGUUGCUCCACCUGUACCUGCCAAAUCAGUUUCAGCAUCAAAUCCUCAUGCAUUAAGUGAAGAUGAGAUAUUAGCUAGAAGAUUACAAAAGGAAUUUGAAAAUGAAGAAGCAAGAAGAAGAAGACGUCAUGAAAGAAGAAAGAAAUUACAACAACAACAAGGUGGAGGAGGUAUGCAUGGUAAUGGAGAAUUUGAUGAUAAUAGUCCUGAUGAAUUUGAACAAAUUAAAGAAACUUUUAAUCAAGGUUUAGAAGAUGCAAGAUCAACAUUAAAUGGAUGGGUUAGUAAUUUAACUAAGAGAUUUGAUGCUAAUGAUAAUGAAAAGCAACAAUUCCAACAAAGACAAGGCGGAGGUGGUCAACAAUCACAACAAAGUCAAGCAGCUCAAGGUGGUCAACCUAAAUUAUUUGGAGCUUUAGGUGGUUCAUCAUUUAAUAGAAGACAACAUACUAAUUUUGAUGAAGAUCCUGAGAUUUUAUCAAGUGAUUUCCAUCAUCGUAUAAGUUUGAAUGAUAAUGAUGAUGAUGAUGAUGAUGAUGAUGAAUCUGCUCCACCACCACCAACGAGACCUGGAGCCAAUGCUGCUAAACCAUUACCAAAACAACCAUCUGAUGUUAAAAUAGCCACUACCACUACUGGUGCUGUUGGAGGAGCUACUGAUGCUGAAGUGACUGAUAAGAAAUGGCAACCAUUAGAAGCGGAUGUUCCUGCAAAUUCAGAUGCAUUUUUAGUCGAUAGUGAAGAAGAAGAUGUUGAUGCUAAGAAGUAGGGUACCUUAAAAUUGUUAUUUUAAUCAUACAUAAUAAUAAUAAUAAUAAUAAUUCUUCUCUCUCUCUCUUUCGGUAUUUUUAUUGAGUUUAUAUAUAUAUAUAUUAAUUUAUUCACACCUACGAUUCAAAAACGAUAUUUGUAAAAAAGGUUUACGUAUAUUAAAAAGCAUUAAUUAUCUAAAUAAAGAAUAAAACACUUGACCUUAUUAGCAAAAAGAAAAAAAAAAGCCAAAAAAAAAAAA